AUGUGCGGGAAAUGUUUUGUCCAGAAGUCGGAUGUCAUCAGGCACCAAAAAACUCAUACAGGAGAGAAGCCAUUUUCCUGUCCAAAGUGCGGGAAGUGUUUUUCCCGGAAGUCAAACCUAAUCACGCAUGAGAAAGUCCACACUGGAGAGAAGCCAUACUCUUGCUCCGUGUGCGGGAAAUGUUUCAGCGUGGGAUCCAACCUCGUCACCCAUGAGAGAACGCACAGGGCCGAGAAGCCGUUUUCCUGUUCCGGGUGCGGGAAAUCUUUCACCCAAAGAGGCCACUUGAUUUCACAUCAGAGAAGCCACCGAGGUGAGAAGCCAUUUUCCUGUUCGGAGUGCGGGAAGUGUUUCACAGAGAGGUCCAAUCUCGUCAUUCAUGAGAGAAGCCACCGGGCUGAAAAGCCUUUUUCCUGUUCGGAUUGCGGCAAAUGUUUUACCCGGAAAGAAACGCUCAUCACGCAUCAGAGGUCCCACACAGGGGAGAAACCUUUCUCAUGCGCUGAGUGCGGGAAAUGUUUUUCUCGGAAGUCGUAUCUUCUCACCCACGAGAAGGUUCACAGAGGGGAGAAGCCCUAUUCGUGUUCGGAGUGCGGGAAAUGUUUUACGGACAGAUCGAACCUUGUCACUCAUCAGAGGAUCCACACCGGCGACCGCCCUUAUUCCUGUACAGAAUGCGGGAGGGCGUUUACCCAGAAGUCUGACCUAGUCAGACACGAAAAAAUUCACGCCGGGGACCAUCCCUAUUCGUGUUCUGAAUGCGGAAAACAGUUUUCGGAGCGGUUCUCCCUCAUGACACAUUUGAGUUUGCACAAGGGACCGUCAGAUUCUCUGGAAGCGGCAGCUGAGUGA